AGGACCUGCAGCUCAAACUCAAAAUGGCGGAUUUUCAGGAAAACGGGUCGGAGCUCUGAAGCAUAAAUGUUUUAUAGAGAUUUCAAUCCGAGCUGUUUGGAUAUCAGUUUUGUGGUCAAAAGGGUGUUUGUGUGUCUGUAUGUACACACACAUAUGACACAGAGAUGGCAGAGGAGCGAAGGCAGAAGGCUUGUUCUGUGUUGUUCUCCACCGAAUCAAUGAAGGUGAUGGCAGAGUGUGUUGGUGUUUCCCAGCUGCAGGAGGAGAGCUGUGUUGCCCUGAGUGAGGAGAUCAGCUACAGGAUAAAAGAGAUCACUCAGGAUGCAGUGAAAUUUAUGCACCAUGGCAAACGACGCAAACUUACAACGAGUGACAUUGACCACGCUCUCAAACUGAAGAAUGUGGAGCCCCUGUAUGGGUUUCAGACUCAGGAGUUUAUUCCAUUUCGCUUUGCGAGUGGUGGAGGACGUGAGCUUCACUUUUAUGAAGAGAAGGAAGUGGACCUGAGUGACAUCAUCAACACACCCCUUCCACGUGUGCCCCUUGAUGUCUCACUUAAGGCUCACUGGUUGAGUAUUGAUGGUGUUCAGCCUGCAAUCCCAGAGAACCCACCUCCAGUAUCUAAGGAGCAGCAGAAGACCGAGUCGUCAGAGCCUCUGAAGGCUGUUAAACCUGGACAGGAGAAGGAUGGAUCCAUCCAGAAUAAGACUCAGGGUGCCUCUUCUGCAGAGGUCAAAGGAAAGGAGAAGCUGCGUCUGAAGCCCCGCAGUACACAUGAGCUCUCUGUGGAACAGCAGCUCUACUAUAAAGAGAUCACUGAGGCCUGUGUGGGGUCCUGCGAAGCCAAGAGAGCUGAGGCACUGCAGAGUAUAGCCACAGAUCCGGGCCUGUACCAGAUGCUGCCUCGUUUCAGCACCUUCAUCUCUGAGGGGGUGCGUGUGAAUGUGGUUCAGAAUAAUCUGGCAUUGCUGAUUUACCUGAUGAGGAUGAUGAAGGCUCUGAUGGAUAACCCCACCCUCUAUUUGGAGAAAUAUUUGCAUGAACUUCUCCCUGCAGUGAUGACAUGUAUAGUAAGUAAACAGCUGUGUCUGAGGCCAGAUGUUGAUAAUCACUGGGCUCUCAGGGACUUUGCAGCUCGUCUCAUGGCUCAGAGCUGCAAAACCUUUAGCACCACCACCAACAACAUCCAAUCUCGUAUCACCAAGACCUUCACCAAGGCGUGGUUGGAUGAUAAGACCCACUGGACAACUCGUUAUGGUUGUAUUGCUGGUCUUUCAGAGCUUGGCCCUGAUGUCAUAAAGACGCUGAUAAUCCCUCGUUUGUCAGUGGAAGGUGCUCGGAUUAAGUCAGUGAUGGAGGGACCUGUUGUGUCCAACAUUGAUAAAAUUGGUGCUGAUCAUGUUCAGAGUUUACUGUUGAAGCACUGUGCGAGUGUGAUCUGUAAGCUGCGUUCCGCUCCUGAUGUAGUGGAUCAGUACCGAGCUGAUUACGGGUAUUUGGGGCCGAUGCUGUGUUCGCAUGUCAUUAAAGCUCGAGCACAGAAUGUCCUGCAGAGUCAGAGUGUGAACAGAACCACACUAACCAUCACACAGUCCAGACCGUCUCUGUCUGUCUCUCAGAGUAGUUUGAGCAGUGUCACUGGAUCACGGACUCCCAGCAUAAUUAAAGUACCCAGCUCUCUCACACUCAUGUCCACUCGACCAGCCACACCCACACAGCCAUCGCCACCGGCCACCAAAUACAUCGUCAUGGCCACGAGUGCAGGCCCCGCCUCCACACAGCAGGUGAUAACAUUAAGCUCCUCCCAGUCCAGCUCUCCUGUCACCAGCACAGUGCCUAGUGUCUCCACCCCACUGCAGCCUCUUGUUAAGCUGGAGUCAGGGGUCACCGGGGUCUCAGGGUCACGACCUGUACAGAAGUAUAUAGUAGUGUCUUUACCUUCUUCAUCAUCAUCAUUGGAGAAGAGCAGCACAUCACCAAUCAGUACUGAGAGCAAACCUGAACACACAGACACGCACAUGACAGGCUGAACACACACACAGGAUGGGCAGAACACAGACAUGUCUGUCUGAACACACAUGUAUAAUCACACAGAUACAGCCAUGCAUAUGCAUUCGUAUAUGAGACACACUGUUCACUAACCAGGAUGAGGUGGUGUUUCUCAUCUACCAACUGCAGUACGGAUGCUGUGAUAAUGUGCUGUGUGUGUCUAGGGUUUGGUAGUGUAUUGUGUUUCUCUCACAGGGACGGGGUAAAAGGGUUCACUAGAAUGGCUGCUGGGAUGUUUGGUUUUUAUAUCCUGUAAUAAAUGUGAGUUUUUAAUCCA